AUGGCUCUUAAACUCACCGAUAUCCCUGAAUUGGUGAUGAAUCGAAUUUUGGACAGAUUGGAUUAUAAAUCUAUUCAACCCCUCGGAAAAGAGUGCCAUUAUCUUCGUAACUUUAUUGACGAUCAAAAUCCAAAUCCAAAAAUACUACUUUUUUAUCGGUUCUUCCUUCUUCUCCCCACUUCUUUUUUUCAUUUCACCCUUUUUCUCUCUUUCGAUUCAAUUUUUUCCCUAAUGGCUCCCAAACUCACCGAUAUGCCUGAAUUGGUGAUGAAUCGAAUUUUGGAGGAAUUAGAUUAUAAAUCUCUUCAACCUCUCCGAAAAGUGUGCCGUGAUAUCCGUAACUUUAUUGACAAUCAAAAUCCAAAUCCGAAAGUCGAAACCAUAGUGAUUGAAUGUAAUGAAACUACAGGAGAUUAUGGGAUACUCUAUGAUAACAGUGACGAUGGAUUGGAUCCGGAAACAUGGACAUUCGUACAUUAUGAGAAAUACAAGAAUGGAUGUUUGGUUAGAUACAAGGAUAAGGAGAUUGUUUUGGAAAACGAAAACUUUUUGAAUCGAUCAAUGGAAGAUUUGGAAAUGGUUGUAAGAAGCAAAAAUGCAACUGUAAGAUUCCUUCGAUUGGAUCAACUCCCGUUGGAUUGUGGACAAGUUGAGCCAAUAAAAAUUCCAAAAAGCAACGAGAAAGUGAAUUUUUCUCUUAUUCUGGAUUCUUUGAAGAAGAAAGUUCUAGAACCCAGAAUUCAUAAAUUAAAAGUGCACAGAAUGAUUAUCCAAACACAUGAUCAUAAGGAACUUAUGAAGGUUCUGUCAUUUUUGGAUUCGGAAUUUUUGAAAGAGUUGUACAUUUUUACUACUGCUAAUGAUAAGAACAAAGUUCUAGAAAUGGAUGAAAUUCUCAAAUUGGAUCAUUUGAAUAACUUUGAAAGAUUCGAAGUCAGUGGAUGUAUUGUUCCGGAUAACCUUGUUACCAAAUUAUCUCAUAUACCGUAUUGCCAUAUUCAAGUGAAAUCAGUUAACUCCAAAGAUUUGUUAUUUUUGAAAGAGGCCAUUCUUCGUCUCCCAACUUUCGAAGAAUUCGAAAUUAAAUUUCAAAAUUUUCCGGACCUUAAUGAAUUCCUAGAAGCUACUGGAACAUGGAAGACUGGAACCACUUUAUCUUUUGAAAAAUUUCAAAAAAGUUCAUAUUUUCAAAUGGAGGAACCUGAUUCAAUUCUAAUGAUUACAUAUUCGACUCUUUACGGAACUCAAAUUUCAUUUGAGAAGAAAACUUUACGAUGGGUGACUUCCGGUGGUCCAAUUAUUAUUCAAUGA